UGCUCUUCGCCAUUUUGUUUCUGGCAUUCAGUUCAAGGGUAACUUGUUAGCACGCGCAGUCGAUAGUACCAGACAUCGCCAUGUAUCGUUUCGCGAAGGCUGCCCUAAACCUUAGUGGUCAAAGUGCGCGUCAGCUCGCUGUGCGACAGAAGUCUGAUCUGUCCUCUGCAUUUCAUGCAAAGUAUGGAACCCCAUUGCUGAUUGCUGGAGUUGCAUUUUGUACAGGUGUUUGGGCAUACGUGAUCACAUCUACAGGCAUCUCAUGGAACCUGUCACCUGUAGGAAAGGUGCAGCCCAAGGAAUGGAAGGAGUAAUUUGUCGGGAAAGGCUGAAAUAACAUUAUGAACUUUUCCAUUUUACAAAUGGAGACCAUUUUCACCUGAUCUAGUCUUGUUGCUGUGUUGGCAUGUCUGUAAAAAUGUAAUAAAUUAAGUAUAAAUCUUA